AUGACCACCUCCUCCACCUCCAGCGCACAGCCAACAGGCGACCCAAACAUCUCCUGGCCCACCGAACGCAUCUCACACCCCGACCAAGAAUGGCACCCAUCCUUCACCCAGCGCAACCGGGCCCCCUCAGCCUCAAGCUUGAGCUCAUCCUCCAGUGAUGACGUCCCCGACCUCGACCCCUCAAACUACCCCUCCGGCACGAAAUCACUAUCCGGAAUCUCUCUACGCGCCUUCCUCCUCGGCACAAGCCUGGGCCUGACAUCAAGCUUGACACUCCUCCUAGCCACGCUUCCGACCCCAUUCUGGCGCGUGCCGUUCUUCAUCGCGGCGCUGAGCCUCUUCCAUUUCCUCGAGUUCUUCGUCACGGCGCGCUAUAACACGCCCUACGCUACGGUCAAAGCUUUCCUGCUAUCCUCGAACGGAUGGGCGUACAAUGCGGCGCAUGGAUCAGCGCUGCUGGAAUGUAUAAUCUCACACUAUUUCUGGCCUGGACAAUCGUCAUUGGGCCGGAUGCUCUCGUUCACGGAGCCGGUUUUUGGCUUAGAAGUGUCGCUGGUGCUUGGGACAGGCCUUGUGCUUACUGCCGUGGGACAGUGUGUUCGUACACUGGCUAUGGCUACGGCGGCCGGGAAUUUCAAUCACCAUGUGCAGGUUGAGCGUAAGGCGGGCCAUGUGCUGGUUAAGAAUGGGUUGUAUCGGUUUUUGAGACAUCCGAGCUACUUUGGGUUCUUUUGGUGGGGGCUUGGGACGCAGUUGGUCCUUGGGAAUGUCGUUUGUUUUGUUGGGUACGCGGUUGUGUUGUGGAGGUUUUUUGCAACGAGGAUUAAACGUGAGGAAUCGUUCUUGAUCCAGUUCUUCGGUGCCGAGUAUGUCCAAUAUAGAAAGGAUACUCCAGUAGGCAUCCCCUUUGUUCGUUGA